AUGGGUUAUGGGUGCCGACACACCGCGCAGCGGCCUCGAUAUCGCGGUGGCUCCAUGCGACCGAUGUUGAGAACACAGUGCGAGCAGUACACGUGCCCGCACUCCGUUGUCGCGCAUUUCUGGACCUCAGUGGCGGUCGCGAAGACGACAAAACAGACAGGACAGCUAUCCGUCUCCGCCACUCGUGCUUUCGUGAGGGUGAGAGGUGCAAAUUCGAAAUUCGCAAGAUCUAAUGAAGCAUCGCGACCACGGCGUGCAGCACCUAACGAAUCCCCGCCUUGCUCGCCACUCCGAGGAGUGCUAUUGCCGCUCCCUAGCGACGGUGUCAGUUCGUCGUCAUCAUCGGAGGAAGAAGGCGGUUCUGAAGAAGUCGAACCGCCGUCGAGAAAGCCGGCCUCUGCCCAAUCGAUUCCACGGCGAAAAAGAAAACCAAAGAUAUUCUUCUCGUCGGAACUAUCAUCUUCAGGGCCGGACUCUUCGGAGGCCGAUGAAGCUGCGUAG